CCAAUUCAGUUACAAUUUUGCUACUCUUUUCGUCGGUACGGCGGACGGUUGAACGUGGGGACGAGUCUUUUUUGUUGGUUUGCCUGCCAAACAGUCGAAAUCACAUUUUGUUUAUGAACACAGUGCCGAUCAGAAAUUAGUCCGUUGCGUUAUUUAAUUUCCAAGACAACAUUAGCAACAUUAAUGGAAAGUCAAAAAGAGUCAAUGCCACCGAACGGCACUUAAAAUACUUACAACAACAAACAGCAAAAGAAAAGUUCAAUGUUAAUGCGUUACAUAAAAUUGCAGUAGAAAUUGUAACAUUCAAUCAUAUUCAAUAUUUGGAGCUGACACAGAAAAAAGUUGUUUUAAUGCCGUCGCCACGUGUUUUGUCAAUAGCCGGAGCACAUGUGUGGGUUACAUUUUAAAACGCGUAACAGUCCGUCUCAAAAGACGUCCCUACGUUGGGGCGACUGCUGCUGGUUCCUGGUUCCGAAACAAUUGUAGACUCGUUGGAUUCCUAUACUCGAAACACCAAACUAUUCGAAACUGCAUAAACAUAUAUUUGUAUGUUGAUUAACUAAUUGUUAUUACUGGAUUGGUGUCUGUGAUCUGCUUUCUUUAGCAAAUGAAAAGUAGUAACGCACACAAAUCAAAUUGUUUAGGAAAUGUUGCAUAAGCUAAGGCGCAUUUGAUUGGCGCGCUCAUUUGCCGUCGUUAAAACAGAGAACCAAAGUUGCGUGGGACGUGAAACGUGGAACGUACGUAGAACGUGGGGCCGUGGAACGUGAAACGCGUAGUCUCGUCGCAUAACUUAACGCCUGCUUUGAACUUGACACACACACACACACACAUAUACACAUACAUAUACGAUUUUACCAUAGCAAAGCUGAAAGGUCGCAAGUAUUAGUUUACAUAAGCACAGCGAGCACAAGAGGCACAAGUAGCACAUCUUAAGGACAAGGACACACAUUCAACACUCACAACGAUGAUCAACAUUGCUGGUGUGGUGAGCAUUGUGCUCUUCUAUUUGCUCAUUCUGGUCGUCGGCAUUUGGGCUGGCCGCAAGAAGCAAUCUGGCAAUGAUUCCGAGGAGGAAGUCAUGCUGGCUGGCCGCUCCAUCGGUCUCUUCGUGGGCAUCUUCACCAUGACAGCCACCUGGGUGGGCGGUGGCUAUAUCAAUGGAACCGCCGAAGCCAUUUAUACCUCGGGUUUGGUUUGGUGCCAGGCGCCCUUUGGCUAUGCGCUCAGCUUAGUGUUUGGUGGCAUCUUCUUUGCCAACCCCAUGCGCAAACAGGGCUAUAUUACUAUGCUGGAUCCGUUACAGGAUUCCUUUGGAGAACGCAUGGGCGGUUUGCUCUUCUUACCCGCACUCUGUGGCGAAGUCUUUUGGGCAGCCGGCAUUCUAGCCGCGCUGGGUGCCACUUUGUCCGUCAUCAUUGACAUGGAUCACCGCACCUCGGUCAUUUUGUCAUCGGGCAUUGCCAUCUUUUAUACGCUCUUUGGCGGCCUCUAUUCGGUGGCCUAUACUGAUGUCAUACAGCUUUUCUGUAUCUUUAUUGGCCUGUGGAUGUGCAUUCCUUUCGCCUGGACCAAUGAGCAUGUGCGCAGUCUCAGCGACAUGGAUGUGGAUUGGAUUGGUCAUGUGGAGCCGAAGCAACGCUGGUUUUAUAUAGACUACGGUUUGCUGCUGGUGUUUGGCGGCAUUCCAUGGCAGGUUUAUUUCCAGCGUGUACUCUCCAGCAAGACCGCUGGACGGGCACAGCUGUUGUCGUAUGUGGCUGCCGCCGGUUGCAUUCUGAUGGCCAUUCCUCCCGUGCUCAUUGGUGCCAUUGCCAAGGCAACACCUUGGAAUGAGACGGCCUACAAGGGUCCGUACCCAUUGACUGUGGACGAGACAAGCAUGAUAUUGCCCAUGGUCUUGCAGUAUCUGACACCCGAUUUUGUGUCGUUCUUUGGCCUGGGUGCUGUGUCGGCUGCUGUCAUGUCCUCGGCUGAUUCUUCGGUGCUGUCGGCUGCCUCGAUGUUUGCACGCAAUGUCUACAAAUUGAUUUUCCGUCAAAAGGCAUCCGAAAUGGAAAUCAUUUGGGUAAUGCGCGUCUCCAUCAUUAUUGUGGGCAUUCUGGCCACAAUUAUGGCCCUCACUAUACCCUCCAUCUACGGCCUAUGGUCCAUGUGCUCGGAUCUCGUGUACGUCAUUCUGUUCCCUCAGCUGCUCAUGGUGGUGCACUUUAAAAAGCAUUGCAAUACUUAUGGCAGCCUGGCUGCCUACAUUGUGGCGCUGUUUAUACGUCUCUCGGGUGGCGAGGCCAUUUUGGGUUUGCCUGCUCUUAUACAUUAUCCGGGGUAUGAUGAGGAGACGAACACACAACUGUUUCCCUUCCGUACCAUGGCCAUGCUGAUAAGUCUCAUUACGCUCAUCUAUGUCUCCUGGUGGACCAAAAUGAUGUUUGAGUCGGGCCGACUGCCACCGAGCUACGAUUAUUUCCGUUGUGUAGUCAAUAUACCUGAGGAUGUGCAGCGCGUGGGCGAUCCUGCCGAGUCUGGGGAGCAACUCUCUGUGAUGGCAGGUCCACUGGCACGUUCCUAUGGUGCCGCCACCAUGGCUGGCAAGGAUGAACGCAACGGACGCAUUAAUCCAGCACUGGAAUCCGACGAUGAUUUGCCCGUGGCUGAGGCGAAACGUAUGAAUCAGCAAACAGCACAGGCUCAGGUGCAGAAGAUGCUCGACACGGCCACUGGGAAACCUACUUCAGGUGGAGGCGGUGGCCAAAGUGGUCAAUCGAUGGCCAUGCCCACGCCAGAACAGGAUAACACAGCCUUCUGAGCGACAUUCCCCACAUGCAAGUAAAUUCAAUAACAACAACAACAGUUCUAGGUUCUCGACUAAGUUUUCUGUUGCUUCACAUGCAGUAUUAUGUUGAGCUUAUUAUGUAUCUGAUGGAUGUAAAGAUACACUCACACAUACACAUACAUACAGCGUACGUUAAACACACAAGUGCUCAGGUAAAAAGUGCAGAAUGUUGCGUCUAAAGUUUAUGAUAAUUUUGCCAGAAUUCUGUGUAUAGUUUCUAAAGGCUUAGAGCCUCAUCCACACUCAACAUCCCCAAACACACAAACACACAUUCUACAAAGGCUUUCACAUAGAAUAACUGAAGUAUCUAUAAUAAUAAUCGAGACAUAUCCAAUGUAUAAAUGUUAUAUAUAGCGACACGAAACGAAACGAAACAUAUCAAUGUCAAAACUGAACGUAACUGAAAACAUAUCAAUUGCAUUUUCCAUUCAAAGCGAAAGAAAAUGCAUUCAAAAUACAUACGUAUUAUUCUAUAUAGAAUUUAGUAAGGAAAAUUGCAGCAACCAAAAAGUAAAAAGCUAAAAACAGAAAUCGAAAUAUACAUACAUACAUAGAUGUAUAGCGAGCCGAUUUAACUUAAAAUUCGAUUCAUUUGUUUACCGUGUAAUUUGUGUAAUUGACAAAAUGUUGUUUGAGAAUAUAUAAUAUAAAUAUAUAUACAUAUAGAUUUGUAUUGGUCCUACAGUUAGGUGCAUAUAAUGUGAAUCAUGUGUCCUUCCACAAAAGCAAAUAUUCGAAUGAACAAUGCGAUCAAAGCUGACUAAAUAAAACGAAACGAACAUAUCAUGAAUGCAACUGAAUAAUACUAUUAUUAAUAAUAAUACUAAAUUAUACUAUAAUACCUAAAAAACAAAUGGUGGAGCGUUAUAUAGGCAAAUGAAUUUUAGCUGCUCUCAAAGAGCAAAAACCACACAAAAUAUAUAAAAAUAAAACUAACACAAAGAACUAUACAUAACAUAAUACAGAAUAGAAAUGUUAGAAAAAUGUUGCGUCAUAGUACCUAAUGCGUAUAUACACAGUUAUACAUAUACCUAUUUAUAUAUGUACCUAUAUAUAGAGAGAAUGCUAAAACACUGAAUUUAGUAAGAUAAUACCCAGGUGAAAAAAACCAAUCUAUCUAGAUGAUUCUCUGCGGUAUUCCGACAUUGGCAAAUCCAAACACGCGCUGCCUAAAACCUUUAUCCCAAUUACCAAAAUUCCGAAAAUUAAAAAAAAGAAUCCCAAUAUCUAAAAUUGAAACGAAAAAUUGAACUUGUUUUUACAGUAAAUCAAUUAUUAGAGAAAUAUUUUUAAACUUGUUCUAUUGUUCAUUCCAUCUCUUGGCUCGUUUGUUGAACAUUUGUUCCCCCUCCCAGUUGAUGUAACAUUUAAAUAGUAAUAUCAAUUAUUAUCUAUGUGAAACUACUUGUAAUGUAAUAUGUACUUAAAUGUUGACUGCUUUUUGAUGGAGCCUCAAGGCUAAUAAGAGUUUUUUAAACUUUACAUAAGCGAACUAAAUAGUUAAUACUAAAUUUGAGCUAAUUCAAUGUUCAUACAAAAACAUACUCGAGUUACAAGCAGUUGAGGCCGAAAUAUUAGUAGCACCUUGUCAGGUUUUUGUUAUAAUUUAAUUAGUUUAAUGAUAAAUUAUAUAAUUAUUUUUAAGACAAGAUCUGAAUUUGUUUAAUUUGAAAUAGUUUGAAAACAAUGAUAUGUUUGGUUACUUAAUACAAUUUGACCUUCACUGUUAUGACCAUUUUAUGCAAGUGUUAGCUUUGUUUUGGCUUCAACUGUACAAUACAGAGUCAACUAUGUUCUUUGCUGUUGUUACCUAUUGUUGAUAUUUAUUUUACAAAAACUCUGAAUGUACAAUUUAUCGCUUAAAAAAGUCAAGUUCGUUUCAGCAAUUGUUAAAUGAAAUUUCAAGAUACAGAAACAAAAUAAGAAUAUUACAAAAUUUAUGAAAUUGAAUCGUGUGUUGAAUUUGUGCAGCAAAACACAAACUCUGUAUAUACUAUGAGAAACUUGAUUGUUUUUUAAGUUAUUAAGCAAGUUACUAACAACAAAACCACCAACUAUUUUAUGUAUUAAAACUGAAAUGAGAUGAGAUCAGAUGAGAUGAGAUUAGCUGGCAAAGCAAUGAUGAAUGAACUACUAAAAAAUGUACUACAUAUGGUUAGGAAAUGAAAUGCGUACUAUGAUGACGAUGUGUUGAAAACUAUUAGUAUCAUACGUUGGGUUUUUAUUAGGGUUAUUCUUUCACCUAUUGUUGUUUAAACAUGCCAUAAUAAUCAAUUGAUGUAUACAUACAUACCUAUUUAGUGGCAUAUUGCAAGUAUGUUAAAUAUAAUGAGACAAGAUUACGAUAUACAACAAUACAAAAUAUAUGAUCAAAUUAUACCAUACAACCGAAACAAAUACAUAUCAAUGUUAAAAGCAAAUGCAAACAAAAACAAAAAAAAAACAAAGAAAA